AGACAGCAGCUAUCUGUUCGUCUUUCUGCCGGUGUUGUUCGGAGCCGCGUGGACAGGUCUUACUGCAGUGAUGUUAUCACUCCUCCUCUUCCUCCUCCCUCCCUUCUUCCUCUUCACACCCGCCUGGACAUUGGAGUUUCGAUAUCACAACAACCAUGAGAUUGAGCAGUACCUCAAGCAGGUCAGCACCUCGAAUCCUGACAUCACACACCUGUACAGCAUCGGCCAGUCUUCAAAAGGUCAGCAGCUGUGGGUGUUGGCUUUGGGUGUCAGUCCUCACCAGCACACAGUUGGCAUCCCAGAGUUCAAAUAUGUGGGUAACAUGCAUGGAAAUGAGGUUCUUGGGCGAGUGCUGCUCCUUCAGCUAAUAGAUGAGCUGGUGCGCAGUUACCGUAGCAACGAAACAUGGUCCUUGCGGUUGCUGAACAGCACACGCAUCCACAUCCUGCCGACGAUGAAUCCAGACGGCUUUGACGUAGCAGACAAGGACUGCUACAACAGCCAGGGCAGGUACAACGGCAAUGGCAUUGAUCUGAACAGGGACUUCCCGGAUGCUUUCGCUGGUCUCCAAAGUCAGCAGCUCUUUGAGGAGAGAAGGGAAGCUGAGGUCCAAGCAGUGAUUGGCUGGUUGAGGACGGAGAGUUUUGUUCUCUCUGCAAACCUUCAUGGAGGCGCUGUGGUGGCCAGUUACCCUUAUGACAACAGCAACGGCGGUAGCGAACUGGUGGGCGGGGCUAGCAUCGCUCCUGAUAAUGAUGUGUUUGUUCACCUGGCUAAGGAGUACUCCCACAAUCACGCCUCCAUGUACCGAGGUAACUUCUGUAUAGACAGCAGGCCAUUCCUGGAGGGCAUCACCAACGGAUUCCAGUGGUAUCGUCUGGAAGGUGGGAUGCAGGAUUACAACUAUGUGUGGGGGCAAUGUUUGGAGAUCACUCUGGAACUGUCCUGCUGCAAGUAUCCUCCAGCCAGAGAGCUUCCUGCUUUGUGGAACGACAACAAAAAGGCUCUGCUGGCCUACGUCCAGCAAGUCCACCUGGGUGUCAAAGGUCAAGUGUUUGAUGGUUCAGGCGAGCCAGUGGAGAACGCAGUAGUGGAGGUCAGAGGUCGCAGGAAUAUAUGUCCAUUCAGAACCAAUCAACAUGGGGAAUACUACCGUCUGCUGCUACCUGGGAACUACACAUUCACAGUAACAUAUCCAGGUCACGAGGUUUUGACAAAGACUCUCAGUGUCCCGUAUGGUCCGGAUCAAUACUCUGCCCUUAAACACGACUUCCUGUUACGACGCAUAGCCCAAACGACUAGACGGACUGUGGGUAGCACUACCCAAACUGAUGCCACCCCUACCUGUAACUACACUUUACAACAGAAGGCGGGCGGAGCCAUGAACAGGCCCACGUGGAGCAGCCUGGCUAUAGGGCUCAGCAUGGCGGCAGUGCUGCGAUCCCUGAUCGACUGAAGUGAAAUUGCCAGCCAGCAUUUGCAGGUUCAGUUCCUAUCAACAUCAAACCAAACACGUACAGCAAAACUGUGACACAAUGUCAACUGCAGCCUUCUGAGGAGACACAUGGAGCAGGAGUUUGACAAUUCCUGCAAGCUUUGUUGCCACAAACAAAUCUGAGACCAUGAAACCAUGAGAUGAAACUUAGUGGAGACUACUGUGAUGGUCAGAGCAAAAGUGGAGCACCCAGGUUCAUAAGCAUAGAAGUUACAUACUUCUGAUAUGGAUAACAGGAAUCAUUUGCAAAAGACAUUUUCACUUGUAGCAGUAGAAUGAGGACCAGAUUAGAAGUUAAAAACUCAUAUGAGCCUUUAUGUUAUAUGCUAGCACAAAUUUUAACCAAAGACUCCAACAACCCAAAUGGCUGCUUUGUUAAGAUCACUAAUGGGUGGUGCCUUAAGGCCCCUUAUUAUACAUAGCUUUUCCUUACAAAGUGUACAAUGGCAUGAAUCAUCACUUAGCUAUUCACGUGCAUUAUACGCACAUAACUUGUCUGCUAUUGUACGCAAAGGGAAAAUGUGUAUAACAUGAUUGGCUGGCAAGCGGUUUCUGCAUGUUGCUGGCAGUCACAUUGGUUCCAAAAAGAGGGCUGUAUAAAAAAAAAACUCCUUGAUAUUGCUUUGAUUUGUAUUUGACAUUGUCACCUGUAUUUUUCAUGGAGGAAACCAAAUGGUCUGCAAACAUUCAGCAACUACCUAGUGUGUGUCACAUUGUUAACAGUUUGCUCACAGAGUAGUUGGCAAUUGUUUGCAGACAAAUUGGCAUCUUUCACGCAAGCUAUGGAAGACCAAAGCAAUUGCAAGGAGGUUUUUGGUGCAGCAGCAUAAACCUCUUUACACAGGCCUUAUUCACUCAACCCUUAAAAACACCACAUAUCAAAAAUGUCACACAAAACUUGUAUAUGGGUGCUAAGCUAUGUUUCAAAGUGCUGACUAUUAUUUGUGUUUUCCUUUUCAUUGCUUUUGUAGAUAUCUUGAAGUACUAUUCAAGGCAUAUCAGAUUGACUUCAGCUUUUAGGUAUAUGGAAAUUUAAUAUAUAAAAAAAUCCAAAAAUAACAAUUUCAUGGCUAGCUGGCACUUCAACCACCAUGCCAUUAGUAACACCUCUGUUUGCACCACUGUUACAACCCUAAAAGCUAAUAGCUAACUGUCUAGCCAGAAGUGAAUGUGCCCCUCAGAUAGCUGACUUAGCUUGGUCAUUAAAAACGCAAUAAUUUCACAAUUAAUAUAAAAAAUAACUAGACCCUUAGGAACAGUUUAUGGUUCAUCUUGGAAGACUCUAAAAUGCAGCUAACAAGGCACAAUAGUUUCUUCAGUUUUACACUUUCGGUCGCCUUACUUUGAGUAAUGCAGCUGAGCUUUCAGUUCAUAUGUUGUUGUUCAUAUCAAAGCAAGCACUUGCACAGAUUUACACAGUGUUCACACCUCAAGGAUGUUUUAAACAAGUAAUAAAUAUCUGUAAAUACUUUAAAGUAUCUUUUUAUAGCCUUAAUAAUAAUGGAGAAAAUAGUAAAAAAAAAUUCUUAUGAAGGGUAAUUGUUCAGUGAGAUGGGAUUAAAGAGAAAUGGGUGUUUUUAUUAAGAUUUUGAAAAGAAGACAGAGUAGCAAAAAAUAUUUCCUGCACUUCGACAGGAAUAAACAGCUUUUAAAUGUAGAUUUAUUCAAAUGGCAGCUUUCUGGGGUUUUUUUUUAACAUUUAACAUUUACACAGCAGAACAAAGCAGGAGGAUUCAACCUCUCUGGUAAGAUGUGAUUUUUAUUUUUUAUGUGACUGUAAUUUUAUAUACGAGGAGGAGCAGGGGCACUUUAAAAUUAGCACUUGCAGGGACUAAAUGCUGUUUUUAGAAAGGGGGCAGUGUUCAGGACACGGCAGUGUGGAAAUGAUGAUGGUGUGAGCUGAAGUGUUUCCAGUGACGCUGCGCAUGACUCAGAUGGUCAGGCUCUUUUCAUUUUUUUCUGCUUAUUCCAUUCAUUGUUACCAAAGCAGAGGCAAAAUUAAGGUGUCACAAGAUGAUUUAUAAUAUAUGUAAAACAAUUCAAAUUCAAUUCUAAGAGUUUUAUGCUUAUUUCACUGGCCU